AUGGAUUUGAGUCUUCUCAUCAGUACAGCUGAUUCGAGUUCAGAAAUCCUAUUCCUUCAGGAUGCAAAUACGGAAGAGCUACCCGAUAAUUUUAAUAUGAGUAUGGAACAGCUCAAGGCGCGAUUCAAGACAGUAACUGUGCUUAUCCCAAAAGAUAAACAGAUUGGAGUAGAUACGAAAGAGGAAAUAUAUGAUGCUGUUAUGAUUGUUACAUUUGGUGCUGCACUUGAACGCUUACUUCGAUUGGCUUUUCUAGCAGUGAAGCCUAAUUGUCCAGUGGGAUUAAAUGUGCGAAACGUUGAUGAAGUAAAAGUUUUGCGGGAGAUUAAGCUAGCUGGAUUUCUGCGUGUCAUGAAAGUUGGUUAUGGUGUAUGGGAAGCAUAUAAUUGUGAAAAGCCAAAUUUCAGUGUGGGUGCCACAGUACCUUUGAAAUUGCCUCGUUCAAGUAAGGAAUCAAAUGUAUGGAACGUAAAUGUGGUUGAUGAUGAUUUGAUUGAUGAAGAUACACUGUUACAAGAAGAAGAUUAUGUCAAACCCACUACGGCAACGCUAAAAGGAAAUCUCGAAGGGAAGUUCAAUCCUUCGAGUGAAAUGAAGAAACGAAGGCCAUGUAAAAACUGUACAUGUGGCUUGGCUGAGAUGGCAGAAUCUGAAAAAGUCACAGCACAAGUAAAACCUGGCAGAUCAGCAUGUGGAAAUUGUGGUCUUGGUGAUGCGUUCCGUUGUUCAACGUGCCCGUAUUGGGGUUUGCCGCCCUUCAAACCUGGAGAAGAAGGCAGGAUCAAGCUUGGAAUGGGCUUAAAUUUCGGCAAUGUACUUCAUCACAACUUGUCUAGAAUGUUUCAUAGAUACUGUAAUCGUAGACAACUUCAACAAACUGCCUUUGAUCAAAAUAAUAUGAAAUAG